AUGCCUAUCCGCGCUUUGGAUGACUGGGCCGCCGGCCGUACCGUGUCCCUCCCCCUCUCCGCUCUCAAGGGCGCUGUGGUCGGAGUCGAUGCGUCGCACUAUAUCUACCAGCACCUUCACCAUCACUCCACUCGUGAACCGCUUCUCAUUGCCCUGGGUGGUUUCCCGUUCGCGCUCAAAGCCAACAUCGAGAGGGAGCUUCAGACGUACAAGAAUCUGGGUAUCACUCUCGUCUUCGUGUUCAACGGCCUCGAUUUUGGUCGGAGGGAUCCUCAACCUCAGGCCCGGGCCGAGUCUGCUCGCGCCUUUGAACAAGCUUGGGAGCUGUAUGAUCAACAACAGGCGGAUCAGGUGGUGGAUGCAUUUAGCAACGCU